UUCUUUUUUCCAUCAACAGCAGAAAGAUCCAGCGUCGCAUAAGCGAAGAGAAGUGGAAAGAAAAUAGUGUGGGAUAAUUUCGUUUCUCCUCAGUCCAAUUGCUUUGUGCUGUACUUUUGCGCGUUGUAUGUGGAAAGGAUAGGGUCGGAAGGAUGUCACUGUCCACUGUUUUGCCCGCGCCAUCCAAUCCCGUUUGGGAUCGAGAUGAUGAGCGCAAAAUGAAGACACCUUCGAUGGGCGCAUUGGUAAGCGCCAAGGUUGCAGCCCCUCCGUACGGACAGCGCAAAGGAUGGAUUCCUCGAACUGAUGCCGAUUUUGGCGAUGGAGGUGCUUUUCCGGAAAUUCAUGUGGCCCAGUAUCCUUUGGGUAUGGGUGCUCCCGGAAAUGCGUCCAAGAAAUCGAACGCGCUGGCGGUACAGCUAGACCAAACAGGGAAGGUGAAGUACGAUGCCAUUGCUCGCCAGGGCCACUCGAAGGACAAAAUUGUGUAUUCCAACAUAAACCAACUGCUUCCAGCGGAAGUGCUGGCCGAGGACUCGGAAGAACUGCAAAUGCCUGACCAAGAGACGAUUAACGAAAUAACGGAAAACACUCGCAAAGCGUUGGAAAAGCUGACAAAUCAGAAGAUCGUAUCGGCUAUGCCGGUGAGAGCCGCCGAAAAGCAAGCGCCCGCACAGUAUAUCCGCUACACGCCGUCCCAGCAGGGCGAUGCGUUCAAUUCCGGCGCGAAACAGCGCAUCAUUCGUAUGGUGGAAGCACAAGUGGAUCCGAUGGAACCGCCCCGUUUCCGCAUCAACAAAAAGAUCCCCCGGGGGCCGCCUUCUCCUCCUGCACCGGUGCUGCACUCUCCCACGAGAAAAGUCACGGUAAAGGAGCAGAAGGAAUGGAAAGUACCGCCUUGCAUUUCGAACUGGAAAAACGCAAAGGGUUACACUAUUCCGCUGGACAAGCGUCUUGCUGCCGAUGGCCGGGGUUUACAGCAGGUGCACAUAAACGAAAAGUUCGCCAAGAUGGCCGAAGCACUGUACAUCGCCGAUCGUAAGGCACGAGAGGCCGUGGAGGCUCGUGCACAGCUGGAAAAGAAAUUGGCCCAGAAAGAAAAGGAAAAGAAGGAAGACAUGCUUCGCCAAAUGGCUCAGCGUGCGCGAGACGAGCGGGCGGGGAUUCGUCAUCCGGAUGCAGCUGGCGAAAGUCUUGCCGGGGGCUCGGGUACGACCGAUUUGCGCGAGCGAGAUGAGAUACGUGCGGAAAGACACCGCGAACGAGCCCGCGAUCGUAACCUUGCACGAGCUGCCCCGGAGAAGCGGUCGAAGCUACAGCGUGAGAGGGAGCGUGACAUUUCGGAACAGAUUGCACUGGGAAUGCCAGCCAAAACUAACCUGGCAGGUGAAUCCCAAUUCGACCAGCGUCUAUUCAAUACCUCAAAGGGUAUGGACUCUGGGUACGGGGACGAUGAAGCAUACAACGUUUACGACAAGCCGUGGCGUGACUCGGGCACCCUUGGACAACAUUUGUACCGGCCGAGCAAAUCAAUCGACAACGACGCAUACGGUGCAGAUCUGGACAAGAUCGUCAACACCAACAGAUUCGUUCCCGAUAAGGAGUUCAGCGGAACGGACCGCAGUGCACAGAAUGUACGGCAAGGGCCGGUACAGUUCGAAAAGGAAGAGGAUCCCUUUGGUUUGGACCAAUUUUUGUCAAUGGCUAAGAAGGCGCCUAAAAGGAAAGAAGAUUCUUUUGCUGGCGCAAGUGGUAGCGGUAGCAGUAGCCGUGAUAAGGAUCGUAAAAAACGCAGGGAUUAGAAGAAAAUGUGCAUUAGCAAAUCUUGGCGUAAAUCAACGAACGCUUAUUUGGCAUCAAUCUGUAUCAUUUUAAUUUCAAAACUA